AGUUUUAUUGGGGGGGUAUUUAUUCACUAUACCACACUGAAGAUGAUAAUGGCUAUUAUACUCGGAGGACAGUCUUGUAUCUGGGCAGGUAGAUCCCGCUCUGUCCUUGGCUAUCCAGAUCUUCGGUUCCUCUCCCCCAAAAGAAGAGGGUACAUCUUCUUGCAGAUGCCCAGGAGGGUCUGUGGCCUCGAGGUAAGAACCCCCACCCCGACGUGCUACCCUGCUUUCCCUCUCCACUUCAGGCCAUACUCAAUGCACGCGCACCUCUGUACUCGAAACUAUCCACCAGCUCCCUUCCUGGCUAAUUCCCGGAAAGCAGGGGCUGAAUUUCAAUCCCUUCGCUCUGCGCACUGUGUGUCAGAGCAAAGGGACUGUGGCAACAUCCGCACCGGCCCCUCCAGGUCCAGAAGGCUGGCCCUGGGAGAAGCGGGACUGAAAAAGUGCGGGAGCCAGAACCCAAAAAGGGUACCAAGGCGCGUAUCCUUUUUCCACCAGAAAUAACCCUAGAUUUCCAGUUUGACGUCACCUAGGGUUCGAGCAAAAUUGCUACUUCCUGCAAGAGGCCACCAGCCCCCUAACCUACUCCCCCAGAGGCCCGCCCCCUCCUAGUCCCGCCCCUCCUGCUGGACCUCUCCCUAAGGACACCCCGCCCACCAAGGAUGCCCCGCCCUUGUUCCAGGGACUAGUUUAACCCUAGCCUGCUGACACCCCUCCGCCCUUUCUCUUGAGUGCACGCGGAUAUGGCGGAGCCUGAGUUGCAGCUAGUGGCGCAGCGCAUCCGCAGUUUCCCGGACUUCCCCAUCCCCGGCGUGCUGUUCAGGGAUAUCUCGCCCCUCCUGAAGGACCCCGACUCCUUCCGAGCUUCCAUCCGCCUCCUGGCCAAUCACCUUAAGUCCACGCAUGGCGGCAAGAUCGACUACAUCGCAGGCUUAGACUCCAGGGGCUUCCUGUUUGGCCCUUCCCUAGCUCAGGAGCUGGGGCUGGGCUGUGUGCUCAUCCGGAAGCGCGGAAAGCUGCCGGGCCCUACAGUGUCGGUCUCCUAUGCUCUGGAGUAUGGCAAGGCUGAACUGGAAAUCCAGAAAGACGCCUUAGAACCUGGGCAGAAAGUGGUUGUUGUAGAUGAUCUCCUGGCCACUGGAGGAACAAUGCGUGCGGCCUGCGAGCUGCUGGGCCAGCUGCGGGCCGAGGUGGUGGAGUGUGUGAGCCUGGUGGAGCUGACCUCGCUGAAGGGCAGAGAGAAGCUAGGGACUGUGCCAUUCUUCUCUCUUCUGCAGUAUGAAUGACCAGGGGCUGGAAUAGCUGCUAUACCCCAGCCCCCAGCAUCUAUGACUGGACAGCGGCUCGGCCCUGGCACCCAAGUGACCUUUGUGAGCCACCAGCUGCCCUUUCCGUGGGCACCACGCCUAUGGACCACCUGGGCCCUUGCACUUUCUGUAUGUGCUGAGUCCUGACGCAGAGCUGUACUAUUGUAGGUUAUGACACAGCAAGAUCAAUAAACAGCUUUGUUACACA